GAACACGCAGCGCAGCUCAGGGAGCGCGCAGGGUGGCAAUCGGUGGAUCACGGAAAGAGCCGAACAUGUCGGCUUGGUCAUGUGAUCAGCUGUGUGCAAUCACAGCUGAUCACAUGGGACAUGUACACUGAUCAUCAGGGCACUGAUGAUCAGUGUGCCCUGAUGAUCAGUGUGGCCCCAGAAGUGCCACCUGUCAGUGCUCAUCAGUGCCAUAUGCCAGUGUCCAUCAGUGGCACGUGCCAGUGCCCAUCAGUGCCACAUCAAUGCCACAUAUCAGUGCAUACCAGUGCACAUCAAUGCCACAUAUCAGUGCCCAUCUGAGCUGCCUUUCAAUGUCGCCCAUCAGUGCUGCCAAUCAGUGCCACCUAACAGUGCCAGUCAGUGUCGUCAGUCAGUGCCGCAUAUCCGUGCCAUAUAUCAGUGUCAUGUAUCAGUGCUGCCUUUCAGUGCCCAUCAGUGAUGCCU